AUGUCCUGGGCAGCACCACCUGCCGCCGCCGCUACUCAGCCGGCCGCGUCGUAUGCUUAUUCGAUGAACACCGCUUACACUGCCGUGCCUGUCCGUCAGACAUUCGGCCAGAGCUACCAAGCUCAACCUCAAUAUACGUACAACGCAUCCUCUCCUACUAAUGCCCCUUCGCAAAACGCUCCCGCCAUGCCUGCUCCCCCGGAACAGCAGGUGCCUGCCCAGCAGCAGCAGAAAGUCGACUGGCCCGACUCCGUCCGUAGAUAUGUCCAACGCUCGUUCCAGGAGUCCAACAUCGACUCCAGCGUAUCUCGUGCCGACAUGGAGGCGCGACUCAAGCAGACCAUCCGUUACACCCAGGACACUGGCACCAUGCUUUCUACCAACUGGGAUUUGAUGCCACUGCCUCAGCAAAUGAUCAAGACCGAAAGGCAGCAGGCGAUCCUGGCCACGAUGAACAUCCCACCUGGGUAUGAGCAGGCCACGGCCGCAGCUCUCCAGGCUGUCUCCAACCCCAAGAAACGUGCCUCUUCAGAUCUUUCAUCCGAUUUUGCCAACGCAAAUAGUUCCGUGACCAGCCCGUGGAAGCCUAAUGCCAACAAGAUGAGCGCCUCUCUCCAAGACCGGAUCUCGCGCCCAACCACCGACUCCGCAGCUUCUGCUAAAAGUAAGUUCCAGAAGAACACGGACAAGCGGCAACGUCGUGGUGAUGGAGGCUAUGUCUCGUCUUAUCGCUCGCCCAGCCCAGAGCCCAGCGCCGGCCCUAUCGUAGGACUGAACACGACCCUCGAGAAGAGAUACCUGCGAUUGACCUCUGCUCCUAAACCUGCGGAUGUUCGGCCGGAGCAUAUUUUGCGUCAGACCCUGGAUCUGCUGAAGAAGAAGUGGAGGAAAGAGGGCAACUACGCCUACAUCUGCGACCAGUUCAAAUCACUGCGCCAGGACCUGACUGUGCAGCGCAUCAGGAACGAGUUCACUGUUUCCGUAUAUGAGAUCCAUGCCAGAAUAGCUCUGGAAAAGGGGGAUCUCGGUGAGUAUAAUCAGUGUCAGACUCAGCUUCGCGUCCUGUACGCAUCGGGCAUCAAGGGCAGCCACAUCGAGUUCAAGGCCUACCGCAUUCUCUAUUUCCUGCACACCGCCAACCGCAGCGCGUUGAACGACGCCAUGCUAGAACUAACCUCAGCAGAAAAAGAAGAGCGUGCUAUCAAGCAUGCCCUGGACGUGCGCUCCGCCCUCGCUCUGGGUAACCACCACAGAUUCUUCCAGUUGUACCUCGAUGUUCCUAACAUGGGCGCAUAUCUCAUUGAUAUGUUUGUAAAGCGCGAGCGCCUCGCUGCUCUUACCAGCAUGUGUAAAGCGUUCAAACCAGAUGUCAAACUCCGCUAUGUUACGGAAGAGCUCGCCUUCGAGUCGGAUGCUGAAGCUGCGCAGUUCAUCAUCGACUGCAACGGACAGCAUCUACUCGAAGAGAAGGCCGACCACAUUGCCUUCUUGACUGGCAAGGCCGGCCAACUCUUUGAGCAAGCUCGAGCUUUGGCCUUCAGCCGCGUCGACUUGAAGGGGCAGAUUUGA